AUGACAUUCAAAGGGCUUGACGCUCUCUUGAAGUUCCUUUUGACAAGUGACAAGCCAAACUAUAAGCCAAGCUUCAACAAGUUCGUAACCAAGCACGAGGACGACUUUAUCGAAUGGCACACGACACCAAAGACAGCUGAAGAGUUGGAGCGUUUAUGGUCAAACAGGUUCAGGAAAGAAUGCAAACGACUUGAAAAGAAAGGCAAAAUGGGUACAACCAAUUAUCGAUCCAACUAUUGGAAGCGAAUAUCACAAAGGAUCACUUUACGAUACAAAGAGGAUAUGGCAUUGAUGCGACAUGAAGAGCAAGUUUUGGAAACGCAGAAUGUGCUAGUGGAUGCAUUGAACAAACGCCUUCGUGAACGAGCCACCAAGAAUUAUGACAAGAGUGAUAGCAGCUAUACACCCUCGGAUGAAGACAGCGACACUUCUCGAUCCAGUAAAUUUCCGUAUUCAUGGUCCAUCUCGGAUUGUUGCAUUUCAGACAUGUUGAACAAGUUCAGAAACGAUUGCGUCAAAAAGUACAACCAUGGAGAAGCAAUGACACGUGAUGAGCUGUUGACUCUCAAUUACACGUACCUCUUUUCUGCUGAUGGUGGCCGAGAUUGUCGUACUUUUAUCCAGCUUCCUGAACAUGUACAAGGUGCUCUGGCUGAUGAAUUGGAUCAAGAUGAUGAAUUUGUAUUUCUGGAACGAUCAAGCAAACAACUAUGCAAUGAGGUUGAAGAGUUGAUGUUGCUGUACCCUACGCGUGCUCCAGAUCAAUUGGAUGAUAUCUUUCAGGCAGCCAAAGACAAAUCAAAGGAGACUGGAUUGGUGGCCCAUGUGCUCAAGACGAUCGUGGCUCAAUACGCAGGUCGACCCGAUUUUACGGCAAUGGAUGAGGACGUGUUUUCAGAUACAGCAUUCAAGCCUUUCUUUCACAGCAUCGUUGGAAGUAUACCUUAUUGUUCACGGGAUGGACAAUUCACACAAUUGGAUAAAAGCUUACAGCUGCGACCUGAUGCCAUGCUAUCUACGACGACCAACAAGAAUGAAACGUUACGCUGUCUUGUGGCCGAGGUGAAAGCACCCAAUCGUUCGUUCAAUGGAGAUUUUCUCAAGCUGGCUUUCGAGAUGAAAUGUGCCUUGGAUGCAAUGAUCGAACAUCACGUGGAUCAUCCAUAUAGUUUGGGCAUUCAAGUGGAAGGCUUCACGGUGCGUACCUAUCGGAUGGAUCUACUUUAUGACCACGUAUACCGUAUGAUACAUUUGCGAACAUUCUAUCUUCCACGCUCAGCAGCUGACUUUGGGGUCGUGAAAUCAGCCAUAUGCAGCUUGAUGCAAAUCAGGAAACUUUUGGAGGAAUUGGUCAAGAACGUAAAAGGCUCAAAGGCACCACAAACAAUUGCUGAUGAAAGAAAAUCAUGGCGACGUCCAACUAUAUUUGUACCGGAUCAAAAGUAUUAA